GUAAGUGAAAGAAAGAGAUUGCAGUUUGAUUGUAUUGAUUGAUUUACUGAUGGAUUGACCUAAUUCAUUUAUUGACUAUCUGACAUCAUUUAGCAAUUUAAAAAAUGCAAAAAGUUGAGGAAACGAAAUGAAUUUUUAAUUGAUUUGUGGUGAAACUCGACUUAAGUGCUGUCCUUUUCAGUCGUUCAAUAAUGCAGGUGAGAACAAGACACUAGUUUGAUAUAUUCAUCAGUUUUUACGUGUAUAUUGGGUCAGGUCAGAGUUGUCAUUAGGGCAAACGCAGAGGCAGGGGCAAAGGCAGAUUAGGGUCACGCUGUGAACGUGAACACCUGUUACCGUUAUAUGUCCUGAAUUAUAACGGCCCAUCACGGUUCAGUUCAAGUUGAAGAUGGAGAACGAAAACAUGUCCGCUGCUCCAUUGCUGAGCAAAUCGAAUCCUGUUUUUUGCUGCUAUUUAUUUUGGAGCAGUCUGCUCAUUCUUAAAAUGCUAUUCAUGGCUCUGUUGACAGCCAGGCAGCGUAUAAAAACAAAAAGCUUUGCCAAUCCUGAGGAUUUGCGCGUUGGCAGAUGCACGGAUGUCCGUUUCAACGAUCCCAACGUGGAGCGAGUGCGUCGUGCUCAUCGCAACGAUUUGGAGAAUGUGCUGCCCUUUUUGCUAAUGUCCCUGGCCUAUGUGGCCUGCAGCCCCCACCCCCUGACCGCCAAGAUGCUUAUACGCAUUGGAGCCAGCGCUCGACUGCUGCAUACCAUUGUCUAUGCGGUGCUGCCGCUGCCACAGCCGACGCGAGCGAUCUGCUUUUUCAUCACGUUUGGCAUUGUGUGCUUCGAGGCGAUUUAUGUGAUCAUCUGUUCUAUCAAAUAUAUCUAAAGAGUGGAGAGAAGAGGAGGAGGAGAGGCGAGAGGAAGACGUCGGUUUUAU